AUGAGUCUAAAGAAACAGCAUGAAAUAUCAAGACUGUCUUGUCUCAUUAAAACUAUAUGUUCAGACAACAUUGAUGUUCUUAUAGAUUUUGGUUCAGGUCUAGGAUAUCUGAGUGAGCUUUUAUAUAAAGAAAACGCUUAUAAAAUCAUUGGAAUUGAUUUUGAUAUUCAGAGAGUGCAAACGUCUAGAGAACGGCAAGGAAUAGCCUAUCCUUCUUCCAAAAAUGACGUGAUCUUCAAAGAACAUUUUAUUACAGAAGCUUCGAAAGAAUUUAUCUCCCACGAAGUUAACACUCAUUUUCCCGAAAUUCAAGAUCCUCGACUGGCUAUAAUUGGUCUACAUUCUUGUGCAGAUUUGACAAUAAAUUCCAUGAAGCUGUUUUUUACAAUGGAAAAUGUUCAAAAACUUAUCAUAAUGCCAUGUUGCUAUCAUAAGCUGGAAAUCAGGACUGAACCAAAUAAAAUAGGAUUUAAAAACUUUCCUCUUAGCAAUGUUUUGAAAACAGCUAAGGCAAAGAGAACAGCUUUCAAUGGCUUUAAUAGACCGUUUUUAAGACUGGCUUGUCAGCAAACUUCUGCGUCCUGGAUGAAACUAACUGAAAAGGAACAUUACGAUCAUGGUGUGGAUAUGUUCUUUCGAGGAGUUGCUGAAGCUAUAAUUAAGGAUGACGAAAUGGUUAUCAAGUCGAAAAGAAAAAAGUUAUUAAACCAACUUGACUUUGAAGAGUUGAUAAGUGUUUAUGAAUUACAUUCAAGAAAAAAUACAGAGCAGAUAGAUUGGACAGAAGAUCACAAAAACCGAUUCUUAAAAAUAAUGGAAAAGUAUCCAAAUGGACCAAAACUUGCAGAAGGAUUAACAUGUUUGCAGACUUCAAUGCAGGAACUUUGCGAAAAUGUUGUUCUUUACGACAGACUAUGCUACAUGGAAGAACAAGCUGCUGAAAUUAAUCUUAAAAUAUCAGUGAAAUUUGAAAAAAUCAUGGACGAAGUUGUCUCACCUCGUGGUUAUGUACUUAUUUCACAAAAAUUAUGA